CGAGUACUUUUUCCGUUUGUUUUCUUUCUUCUAUUCCUUUUCUUUAUUCUCUUUGUUUUUUCCACAACUAGCUACACCAACACAAUGCAUGAUCACAGUCAUCAAUACCCUCUUCCUUGUUUGUAUUGCCACCCUUAUAGCUAUAUUAGGAUGGUUCAAAAUCUCAUAGAGAGAUGCAUGCUCUUUCACAUGAGCCAAGACCAGUGCAUAAGGGCACUGGCAGAACAUGCAGGGAUUAAGCCACUUGUUACUGUUACAGUGUGGAAAGAGUUGCAAAAGGAGAACAAGGAGUUCUUUCGAGCAUAUUUGCAAGUUGUCACUCCCAGGCCAUUAUUCAUGAGUAGAUGUUUUCAAAGGAGACCAAAUUUGGCAAGAAGGAAACACUGGAAAUGAUUAAUAGUGGCUGAAUAACCCUACAAGGGAAAAGUGAGCUGGAUUACUCUGUCACCAUAUAGUUAAAGAUGCAUCAGGGAAUAUUAGUGAUGACUAAUUAUAGCACAAGAAAGUUAUUUGGUCAGUAUCUCUCUAAGGAUUUGUGGGUGCAGACCCUCGUUCCUAGCACAUAUAUAGUGGCCAAUGGUUGUAGUUCCUUAAUACUAUAGAUGCUGUUCUCAAAGCCAUUAAAGAAAUAAAACUGUAUCAUUCUAGGCUUCUAGCCAUUAGCUAUAACUUUUGGUGUGUAAGGAUGCAACAUAAGUGAUUGAAAUGUUUUUGCAUUUAUUUUUGUGUAAUUUUCCAAGUUUAAUUGAGAUUUUCUUGUGUGUGUGUGAGGAUGCUUAUUUCCAGCAUUUUGAUUGUAAAGGAAGCUGCCAAAGGUAUCAUUUCCCACUUGUAUAAAUUUGACAGCUGUAAAGUUGAUUCAAAUGAACCAAACUUAAUAUAUGAUA